AUGAACAUAACACAUUUGGGGUUUAUUUCAGCCAAGGGAAGUCCUCACUACAGCAAUGUUAUCUUGCCCAGUAUAUUCGGAAUCAUCUGCUUCCUUGGGAUUGUGGGAAACUGUAUUGUUAUUUACACCAUCAUGAAAAAGACCAAAUGUCGGGCCAAGCAGACAGUCCCCGAUAUCUUCAUCUUCAACCUCUCCAUUGUGGACCUCCUCUUCCUCCUCGGUAUGCCGUUCCUCAUCCACCAGCUGAUGGGCGACGGCUCCUGGUGUUUUGGGGCCGCCAUGUGCACGGUCAUCACUGCUCUGGACUCCAACAGUCAGACCGUGAGCACGUACAUCCUCACAGUCAUGACCCUGGACCGCUACCUGGCCACGGUCCACCCCAUCCGGUCCAACGCGGUGCGGACGCCGUGCGUGGCGGGGGCGCUGGUGGCGCUGGUGUGGGUGCUCUCCCUGCUGUCCAUCACGCCGUUGCUCAUGUACUCGGGGCUCAUGCCUCUGCCCGGCAGUCAGGUGGGGUGCGCCCUCCUGCUGCCCAACCCAGCCUGGGACAUCUACUGGUUCACCCUCUACCAGUUUGUGCUGGCCUUUGCCCUGCCGCUGAUCGUCAUCUGCGUGGUGUUCUUCAAGAUCCUCCAACACAUGUCCACUGCUGUGGCGCCACUGCCCCCGAGGAGCCUGCGGCUGCGCACCAAGAAAGUGACCCGCAUGGCGGUGGCCAUUUGCCUGGCCUUCUUCGUGUGCUGGGCGCCCUAUUACAUUCUACAGCUCAUCCACCUUGGCGUUCAGCAGCCCAGCCCUGCGUUCUCCUACGCCUACAACAUCGCCAUAAGCAUGGGCUACGCCAACAGCUGCAUCAACCCCUUCCUGUACAUCAUCCUCAGCGAGACCUUUAAGAGGCGCUUCAUUGUGGCCAUUCAGCCAGCGCACAAAAACUUCCGGGUCAACCCCAGCACCACGGAUGGGAGCGUGAGCUUGCGCUUGGCCCCGGACUGCCAGCAGCCGCCCCCGUCCUCCAGGCUCCCGCAGGAUGGACGACCAGAGAGCGGGGACAGCCGCUGAGGACCUGACAGGUGGAGCUGGUCUCACUCAUGCAGUGGCGUCUCAGGGGUAAUACAUACAGUAGUACACACACAUACAGCCUGCUGCGCCACAGCGCCCCCUACAGUAGCAUUCUAAUGUUGAAAUUGCAUUGCACUGUCUUGGUCCAAUCAAUGGAAUUUUUUCACAUUGUAAAACUUGUUGUUGUUGAACUGAACAGUUAAUAUGUGUAAAUACGAUGGUAAUAUAUAUAGAAGUAAUGUGAAAUGUCUGACAGGAGAAAGUUUAUUGUCACACUUGGUUAAGAUGUCACAUCAAUACCAGAAAUGAAAUUCUUACUCAGAGCCUAAUCCUUAAGUGCAAAAUAAAUGUAUAAUAAGAUAUACAGUAAGAGACAAUGAUCAACAGUGCAGACAGUUAAGCCACUGUGAAUACCAAGAGGUGUACAAGGUGAUCAUAGGGCAUUUGUACGCUUUUAAUAGUGAAAUGUGAAAUCGUGUUAAUGACAAUUCAUUAUCUUGAUGAUUUGUGGAUAAAAAAACUGUCUCUGAAUCGGGUGGUACGGGUCCAAAUGCUCUUAUGCCGCUUGCUGGAUGACUGGAGGGUGAAGAGGCUGUGACUGGGAUAACUGGGUCGGGUCAGAACCUUUCUCCUGCAGCGCGAGCUACUGGUUCUGGAUUGUUGGAAGCUCCGUUCUUGUGAUUGGGUUGACCACCCUCUGCAGAACUUUGAGCUCAUGGGCAGUGCUGCUGCCGUGCCAUGCUGUGAUUCUAGGAUAUGAUUACAUGAAGACAGAUCAAAAUCAUGAAAUGAAUCAUUAAUAAACAUUAAUAAAUCAUUAAAUUAAAAAGAAAAAUCAAAGGAACAGAGAGAAAGUAAUGGAAACAUGUAGUUUGCUUGCUGUGGUAUCAGUGAGGGUUUGUAUGUAUUCCGUCUGUUCUCUGGUUAUGGAUAUAUCUGUGGGUAUGUGAUGUGUGUGUGCAUUUGUUUCUUGUGCUAGUGUCUGGUUUAGUGAAAAGUAAUGUUAAAUUUGUCUGUGCGUGUUUUGAUAUUCAGAUUUUAAAAAGUACUGAAUUGAACUGAAAAUGACUGGGAAAAUAUUUAUGAGUUAAUGUAUUGAUGUAUAUGUUGACAUCUGUUGAAAUUACUUAAAGAGAGAUGGAUAUUUAUUAUUGUUAGGAUGAUGUAAAAUUGUCUUGUCACAUUGUCCGUGUCAGUGUUUUUACAGUCGACAUUGGUCUGUGAUGAAACAUUCACUGUGAUUGUUUAGUGUUUUUGAAGUAUUAAUAAGAUAUAUUUCAUUGAGGCACUAUCAUUUUCAUGGAAUACAAUUACUCAAUGCUACCAUCUGUUUCCAUUUAGAUAUGACUGGUUGCUAGCAGUAGGGAUGCCAGUGCUAUUGUCCUGAUUGCUGCCAUUGUCCAUGUUGUUUGUUACAUGUAGCAUAAUUAAAACCUUCCAUACUCUGCAUGAAAACCAUGCACUCCUUAGUGCUUAUCAGUGCUUUGUAAGCCUCCUCUUAUCUCUGUAAGGAGAAAAUUGGAUGUCAGGCUUUGGCCUUAUGUAAUUCCUCAACUUCUCCUUCAACUCCUUGCCAUCCUCAUGAUGUAAUCAUAUGCACCCCUCCCCCUGUGAUUGCUGAGCUGUAAUAAUAGCAUUGACAGCUGAUGUUUCUGCAGGCAGAUGCCCCCCCUAGUUUCCCAUCAUUCACAGGGAUGGUUCCCAAUCUACCAUACACCCACCUCUACAUUCUACCAGAUAGAAUCAAUAAUGGAAAUGUAGGCUCCUCAUCUGUUCCCUUGCAUUCACAGAGCUUUACAUUCAUUCAGCACAGCACAGGCUGCAGCCUUGCUCUCUGCCAUUUUCAUUUAUGGAAUAUCGAUCAAUAAUGCA